GCUUGCUUCCAUAUUUCCGCGGUUAAAUACGAAACACAACUGACUUAUGUCGCUUUGUUGAUUUCGACCUCGUCGAUUCUUCAGCGUGAAGAAGAUCGAGCUUCGUUAAAAUAGAACAAGAAGUUUGAAUACCAUCAUGAUUUCAACCUGGAUCUUGAUUACAUUUUGUGUUGCCUCCCUGACUCUGGUGACAAGUGAUGCCUGCAGCCCUAUUGGAGAAACCAUUAAUGCUACUAGUGGUCACAUUUCCAGCCCCAAUUUUCCCGACAACUAUGACACAAGUAGGAUUUGUACCUGGAAUAUCACGGUGCCUGGUGGGAAAAUCAUCAAACUGACCUUCUUGAGCUUUACCCUGGUAGCAGGUGAAAACGAUGACUGUGCUGGUGCGGCAGCAGAUAGUGCCCGAGUCUUUAUCACAAACGUUGCCUCUCAUGGAGGAAAUCCUGACGACUUUAAGAUCUGUGGUCAAAAGCUUCCCCCUCCUGUGUACUCCGAGGGAAACUUCAUUCAAGUGAGAUUUGAAUCUCGCACCGGCCUUGUAGACAAAGGGUUCAAUGCAACCUUUGAGGCAAUAGAUGGAGAUUUACGUAAGAGCUUUUCUUCUAUAGUAGUUUAUGAAGGAAGCAUAGAAGUGUACUGAGCAUGUACCCUAUUGAACUAAGCGAAAAGUUUGUUGAGUGUAACCUGAAACUAAUGAGGUAGACGAUCUAUGAACAGCUAUUGUCCGGAGAAAAAAUUAUUGAAUGUGUUGAAAUA